AUGAAACGAAAACGCAAGCGCGAAUGCGGAGUGCUCCGUCUCUUGCUGCACUGUUCUCUCGUGAUGCCCUGCCCACCAUACAUUUUUUUUCCCUCCAAAAAACGUAUAUGCGCACAGGCAGCUAUUUCAAACCGCUACCCAACGGUAACGGAGGCAAUGGCAGAAGUGGCCACUCGCGCAAAAGCGAAUCUUUGUUUUUGUGAAAGCUUUUUUCUGUUUCGAAACGGUGCUCUGUCGUGGAGUUUUCCGCAAAAAAAUUAUAUAAUGAAGUUUUGUUGUCUGCACUUUAUAUACGUUUGUUUUACUGCUUUCUUCUUCAGUUGUUACUUGACUGUUUUCAAUUCAGCGUUUUGUAUUCGAUCGGCCACGGUAUUUUUGUUCUCUUUCCUUACUUGUCAAAAAAAUGUGAUCGAUGCAACCCGGCACUUCAAAAUCAGCGGCUUCAGAACUUUUUCUGUUCUUCCACCUUUAUUUGUCUCCGUAGUGUGCGCCACGAUUGAGUGA